CGUACGGUUGAUAAUUUGAUAACUCUUGCAGUUGCAGUGUUUCAUUUUUGUAAACAGAUCCGAUAAGUACUGUUACAUGCAUUAUAUCGCGUUUAUCGACUGUGUUGCGAUGUGAACUGUACAGCAAUGCAUAACAGAGAUUACAGUACGGAGCCUGAGCAAGAUAGUGACCAGGUUGAUGUGCAAAUGCAGGCUGGGGAUGGCACUUUGCGAACUCGACACCGUUCGUCCUCUACUUCACACGAUGAAGCUGCAGGAACGAAAUACCCGUUUGCUCCUGGCGCCCCAAUGACUGUUAGAGCUAUCGCCUCGGACUCACAAAAAGAAAAUACACAUCAGAAAGACGAACAGACGCCUGAAAACACUAGCCAGACACUAACUGGCAGAUGGUUUAGGCGAUUCCGACGAAAACAUCAUGUCAUGCCCCACAAACCGACAGUUAUUGAUCACAUAAAAAACAUACUAUUAUGUCCACCGAUUGGCAGAUUUGCGAGGACUCUGACGUUGCUGCUUUUGGUGCUGUUGUUAUGGGGGGUCCUGUGGUCACUGACAAGGGAAGCUGCAUUGCCUGGAGGCUAUCUCUUUGCUCUCCUAGCCGUAGUAGUGCUAUCCAUGAUUGGAGGCUGGCUUGUCACUUUUAUUAGAUUGCCAGCUUUGCUUGGCAUGUUGGUAAUGGGCGUCUUGUUGAGAAACCUGCCGGUCGUGAACAUUGCCAAGGAUCUAGACAGAGACUUGUCCUCGGUGCUUAGGAAUGUUGCGCUGGUGGUGAUCCUCAUCAGAGCUGGUCUCGGGCUGGAUCCCGUUGCGUUGCGGAGACUUGCAUUCGUGUGCAUCAGGCUUGCCCUUACUCCCUGCCUGGUUGAGUGCAUAACCGUGGCAAUAAUGUCUCACCUACUGCUCGGAUUUCCCUGGGAAUGGGGAUUCCUGCUAGGGUUUGUUCUCGCGGCUGUCUCGCCGGCCGUCGUCGUUCCCAGCCUCAUCAGCAUUCAGCAGCAAGGUCUCGGCGUUGCUAAGGGCAUCCCGACCCUCGUGAUUGCCGCCGCUAGUGUCGACGACGUCCUUGCCAUCAGUGGCUUCAGCGUUGUUCUCGGCAUAGCAUUCUCCUCGGGUAGUCUUGCAUGGAGUAUAGGACGUGGCCCGUUGGAACUUCUCCUAGGAAUAUCGUUUGGCUGGCUCGCAGGAGUUAUCACCUGGUAUCUUCCAAACUUCUCUGAGGGGAAUGUUGUGCUGCAGCGAUUCUUGCUACUCUUUGGUGGAGGCCUGUUCUCAGUGUUUGCCAGCAAGGCAGUGGAGGUUUCAGGUGCAGGUGCUCUUGGCUGUCUGAGCAUGGCAUUUGUCUCUGCCUAUCACUGGAGAAAGCAGGGCUGGACAGACGGCAAUAAUCCUGUUGCAGACAUCAUGGCUGCAUUGUGGGUUGUGUUUCAACCAACUCUGUUCGGUCUCAUUGGAGCUGAGAUAGACAUACAUGUGAUACAGCUUCAGACGAUCGGACUAGGAGUAGCUGUCCUCGCGGUGGGGCUGUUUUUUAGACUGAUAGCUUCUGUCUGUGCAGUCUCCUUUGCUGGGUUCAGCUGGAAGGAAAAGGGCUUCAUCUCUCUCGCUUGGCUUCCCAAAGCUACUGUACAGGCAGCUAUAGGUUCAAUUGCGCUGGAAACAGCCAGGGAGAGAGAUGCGGGAGCCGUGAAAGAAGACCUAGGUUUGCAAGUGCUGACAAUAGCUGUUCUUGUCAUACUAAUUACUGCACCGAUUGGAGCGGCUGCUAUAGCGUUGUCUGCACCUAGACUGCUAACACAUGACGCCACCUAUGGGCAGGAAUCGUCACCAACGCGUGCCAAUGAACAUCAGCCAGUACUAAGCGAGGAGAAUGCGUGUGAUGCUCGAUAUGAGAUAUCUACGAUGUAGAACUCAUGUCAAAAGCAGUUACAUUUUGUUUUGUUAUUUUCUUCAGUCAUUUUUAAACUCGGUUAUUAGGUAUUUUGCUGUUUUAUAAGUUUGAUUUCCUUUGUUCAUGGCACACAGUAGAGUUGCAGAGAUGAUGAACGCGUGAUCACGAGUGAAUAAAAACAAAUUUAUUGUAUUUUAUUUA